ACGCGGUGUGUCGCGACGUGGCGGGAUGCGGCGGGCGGUGCUGGCCGUGCUGCUGCUGCUGGCGGCGGCGGCGACGGGGAUCGAGCGGCGGCCGCCCCGGGGCUUGGCGAGGGGCAAAGUGGAGACGUGCGGCGGGUGACGGCUGAGCCGGCUGCCGGAGGUGAAAGCCUUCGUCAACCAGGACAUCCCGCUGUACCAUAACCUGGAGAUGAAGCACCUGCCCGGCGCCGACCCUGAGCUCGUGCUGCUUAGCUUCAGAUAUGAGGAGCUGGAGAGAAUCCCCCUGAGCGACAUGACUCGGGAGGAGAUCAACCAGCUGGUGCAGGAGCUGGGCUUCUACCGCAAGGAGACUCCCGAAGCCCCUGUGCCUGAGGAGUUCCAGUUUGCCCCUGCCAAGCCACUGCCCACCCUAAUACCCCGCAGAGCUCCUGCAGCUGACAGCAAGACCCUGUCUGAACAGGACAAGAAGGACCACCCAGACCUGUAGUGAGCAGUGCCAGGCGGUGGGAAGCCCUGCAGCCAGUCCUUAGAGCGUGGGGUUGAGGGCGUUAGGACAGCUCUUCACACACGGCUGGGGAGCAUGCCACGGGGUGGUGAGAGUGUGAGCAGGAAGCAGAGAUGUUCCCUGCUGCUACCUCUGUUGCUUGGUGCUCUGUAGCCUCUGUCCCAAGGGUGCCCUGAAUGGUGCCAGCCUUGAGCGGAGGCUCCUGAGCACUGUGGACAUCAGAGUGAGCCUGUGUGCCUGUCCCUGCCUUCCCCCUGAGCCAUGCAGCCCAGACAUUUUGGCAUGAUUGGUAAGGAGAAGGAGAGAUCUUUUUGCUCCUUUGCCGUGCAUCAAGGUCCAGUCAACUCCUGGUGCUGGACAGCAGUAUCCUACCUGCACAGGACAGGAUGAAACUCUCAGCAGAAAGCUCCAUGUGCUGAGGGCAGAUGUAUUGAGUCCUGGAGGUGGGACAGCUGCCUCCCAGGAGGGUAUGGCUUUACAUCACCAGCAAGGCUGCCUCUAUCAAGCACACAGUAAAGCCCUUGCCUACCAUCAGCUGCACCUUGUCAUUUUUCUGGGGCAGUCUCAGUUGGGUGCACAUCCAUGCCUGCAGGACAGAGGCAGGAGGGGGUUGCAGGGUUGCUAUGUAGUUCCUGUGCUGUCCUCAUGGCCACGUAAAUCAGGCGCCAAAGCUUUGGGCACGCUUUGGGAGCAAGGGGUGAGGGUGCUAGCCCAGCUCUGGGCCCUCUGGUCCAGAGCUGAGGGGUCUUGGUGCAGCUGAGGCUGCAAAUCCUCCCAGGGUGGCCCUGCAUGCAGUGGAGUGGUUGCUGGAAGGGGUUGGGGAGAAGGACCCGAGGCAGAAGAAUCACCCUAUAGAAUAAACUUUUAUUGUCUGGCUGGUGUUGGUACACGUGUCAA